AUGAAGUCCUUCAUUGCCCUCCUUGCUCUGGCCGUCGUGGUCUUGCCGAUAACCCUCUCCUCCCCCGCCCCGCUACGGCCCUCUCCCUACAAGCCUGAGCCCAAAUACGAGGAGGGACCUGCUCAUACCAAUAUGCUUAUGCCGUCAAGGACGAGUCCUCCUCCCGAUGGCCGCACCCAAACUGUGACCUACACUGUUGAUGGCUACUCCGGUUAUGUGGCUGAUGUUCAGUACGCUGGUGAGGCCAAGUAUGAGCCGUACCAACCCAAGCCGCCCCCAAGUACCCUCCUCCUCCCCCCAAGUACAACUAAAUUGUGA